AUGCGUCUCGUACUACAGGAGGUCAAGACCGACGAGGAGUUUGUCCCGCUCAUCGCCGCCCUGCGCGAAGGGUUCGCAAACCCGGACACGGCCGUCUGGCGACUCUUCAUGGGCGACUGGAGGCCCGACGACCCCGCGGCGCGCGAGGCUGCUCUCGUGGAGGCCACGGAGAGGAUGCGAGCCGAGCACCGCGCCGACCCGACGAGCACAUGGCUCAAAGUCAUCGACGACGAGACGGGGCAGAUUGUCGCCGGCGGCCGGUGGAGUUUCUUCGAGAGGGGCGGCCCGAACCCGUACGACGGGCAUCGGGAGGUCGAGGCGACGUGGUUCCCGGAGGGAGAGCCGCGGUGGGUUGCGAGUUUGCUGUUGAACGAUUUUCUGGAGAGGGCUGUGAGGAAUGCGAACCGGCCGCAUGCGUUUCUGAACAUUUUGUUCACGAUCCCGGAGUACCGACGCCGAGGCGCGGCGUCUCUCGUCAUGGAUUGGGGUGUUGGACGGGCUGAUUGCAUGGGGUUGGACGUCUACAUCGAGGCUAGCGAGGGCGGGAAGCCGCUGUAUGAGAAGUAUGGGUUUGAAGCCAUCGAGGAGAGCUAUUACGAGGUCGAUGAGAGGAGACUACCACCGCCGAGGGAUGUUGAGCUUCGAAGGGAGGCUGUGAAGCAGCUGUCGCCGUUCAGACGCUGGAGCAUGCUUAGGAAGGCCAGAGGUUGA